AUGUUUGAAAGGAGGAGGUCUUCCACCAUCAAGAGUGCGCUGUCGUCCCUGUUGGGGAGCAACGGGCAGCCACAGCCACAGUCGGCGAGGAGACACAGUACGACGUCUGUGCCGAGAGACACUGGGAAAUUGAACGGGUCUAAUGCCGGGAGAGGGGUCGCCAGUGGGAAGAAGACGAGGCAUCCACCAAGACACGCUACGGAGCAGAGUGCUGGUAGAUCGCCCGUCUCUGGGAGGGCUGUCACGCCGGAGUACGUGUCAGAUAUAGAGAGUUUGUCCGAUGAGGAUCUGGACGACAACGAGGAGGCUAUCAUGUCAGAUGGUGUCUCCGAGGAUUUGAAUACACAACCAGUGACGAGACAGCGGGUCACACCGCCAAAUAAUAGGGCGUUUCUCAGGGAGUUCUUGACCAGUAGAGGGUUUCUGCCACCAAGGACCGUCGCGGACAGGAGGGACCACGUGCGGCCAGUGAAGAUCGCCAUUGCAACUACGGGGAACUACGUGUUCUUGCCCACAAUGUCCUCCAAUGACGAUGAGUACAUGAUGCGGCUUAAUGGGCUAGGGGACGAGGGGGACGAGGAGGCAGAUUUUGUCUUGGAGGAUGUCUCCGCGGGAAGGGCGGCUCGUCAACCCGCGCUCGGGGAGAACCAAGACGCAGCAGCGGUUUAUCCAACGGGUUCCCAACAUCAGCGGCGGAGGCCAGGUACAACGGACACUGGUACAGGGGAUGACACCUCAGCGUCAUCCGCCCCAGACGUCGAAAUGGAUGGAUCCAUGGCAGCGUAUAACGUGGCAGUGAUAGUGUCCCUUGCCACACCGACGAAACUGUCCGCGAUUCACGUGCAACUGCACUCGAGGGUGAAAGUGUUUUGGAAUGGAGGGGUGCCGCCGGGGAAGAACCUCGACGAGGAGUUUUACAACGGAUCCGCGCUGAAGUGGUCGCUGAACAGGUCGAACUGUAACUUAUACAUUCCUUCCAACAUCUCGGACAAGGAGCAGAUCGUCGAAAACAAUAACGUAAUGACCCCAAUGCAAGUACUAAAGAGUGCUACUUCAACAGAGGUUCCCUACCUGGAUAAGAAGACGACCAGGCAUGAAUUCUUCAAAAAUAUACAAGAGACGGGGAAAGUCACCGCAACAAACGUGUUCCAACCGGGGGACUACGUGUUCAUCUUACCCAUCGUGUUCUCAAAUCACCUGCCAGAGUCCCUGUACUACCCAUCAGCACGAGUCAGUUACAGACUGAAAGUGGGGACUAGAAUCCUAGACGACGUCGUGGACGGCGCUAACCAUUCCGUGCAGCGAAAUAACAUCAACGCUGCGGGGGCGGCCAUCUCACAAUCCGCAAGCACGGUGUCCCUCGCGUCUGGCGGGUCAACUGUGUCCCUAAGGGACACGGAACUGGAACAAGUAGGGUACAGAAAGUCGCGGAGGUCGUCCAUCCUGAAAAAGAUGAAGCACACUUUACACAUUGCCUCUCCGGACAAAACCGCCAACACUAGUACAACAAGUCAAGUUUUUGGAGAAUACCCAAUAAGAGUCGUAAGGACACCACCGCAGAUCUCAAUAUCCACAGCGAAUAAACCAAUAUACAUCAACAGAGUAUGGGCGGACUCGCUGUCCUACGAGAUAUCGUUCGCGCAGAAAUACGUCUCGCUCGGGAGCGAGGUGCCCAUCAAGAUCAAGCUGGCGCCGCUGGAGAAAAACCUGUGCAUCAAGCGUGUCCGCGUGAGCAUCAACGAGAAGAUCACUUUCGUGAGCAAGGACCUGAAGUACGAAUACGAUCAGGUGGAUCCAGUGGCUAAGGACCCGUACAAUCCGUACUACUUGGACUUUCAGUCCAAGCGGCGCAAGGAGCGUAAUUUGCCCCUCUUGGAGAUCCGGACCAAGGACAAAGGGUGUCGCGCGUUGAGGGAGGAGAUCGUUGAGAACUCAUCGGGGAACAACCUGAUCUCGUACAGCACAUUCCAGGAUUCUGGGCAGGAUACACCGAAGAAGGAGGACGAAAAGGACGUGAUCGGGAUCACGGAACCACUCAACAUUGAAACUGUGUUAAAGUUCCCCCGUUUUGAGAACUUGGAUCGCAAACAGGCAAGAAUCAUUCCUCCUUACGGUAUCGACUCGUUUCUCAUGGUACCGAACCCGGAGAACCUACCACCCAAGGGUGCAUCAAACUCGCAUAAGCCUAGUGUCAUCGGCUUUCUUUCUGGACACCACGGAACGACUAAGGACACUGAAAGACAAGAGAAAGUGUACGAUAAAAGGUUCCACGUUACAAAAUUGAGGACAAAUUCGGGAGUCGACGUCAAAUACCACACGAAGUUGAACGAGCCCAAGCGCGGUCUCUAUCUGGACAGUUUACACUUCAGUAACAUCCACGCGCGCCAUAAACUGGAGAUCAUGCUCCGUAUCAGCAAACCUGACCCAGAUGACCCAGCACGGUUGCGGCACUACGAAGUGCUAAUCGAUACCCCGAUCUUCCUCGUGUCUGAGAUCUGCAACAGUGGGAACAUGGAGCUUCCAACGUACCGCAUGGCCACUACAGACAUUGAGGGAAGACCUGUCGACGUGAGCAACGUGCUGCCGCCGCCGACGUUUGAGGAGGCGAUAUCUGUCCCCAACUCACCGCUCAUGUCGCCCAUUGGGUCCCCUGCUUUCCCAUCUGUGUACGACCCGGACACGUUAUCGAUCCAACAGCUGAACCUCUCAAGGGCUACUUCCAUAAGCGGGCCGUCUGGUGAGGGAGCUCAACUACUGCCCUCGGGAACAGGUACCGGUGGCGCAGCAAGCACGAAUUUUGACACUCCGAUGAUGGGGACCGUCGGGAACCCUACGAAUAGGAACCAUCCAGAGAGUGAAGGUCGGUUCAACAAUUUGGACAACGUUUUGUCGUCUUCAGGGUCGCCUAUCUUCAAGAAAGAUUUCACGAUGAGUUCACCAAACAGCACUCCUGCAAAACCAACACACCAGCCGCCAAACUACAACGAGGUUAUAAAGAGGGAUAGCAACCAGUAG